AUGGCGCUGGGCGACCCGCCGGCGGACUACGCCUCCAUCGCGGCGGUGGGGCUGUUCGUGGCGCUCAUGUGCGUCUGCAUCAUUGUCGGCCACCUCCUCGAGGAGAACCGCUGGAUGAACGAGUCCAUCACCGCGCUCUUCAUCGGGCUGGGAACUGGAGCGGUGAUCCUGUUGGCGUCCAGCGGGAAGCACUCGCGCGUGCUCCAGUUCAGCGAGGACCUCUUCUUUAUUUACCUGCUGCCGCCCAUCAUAUUUAAUGCAGGUUGGCACCUUGAUCUCUUUACUGUGAUAUCCCUUGGCGCUCUAGGACUAGUAUCAAGGCUUAAUAUUGGCGCACUUGAGCUUGGAGACUAUCUCGCACUUGGGGCAAUAUUCUCGGCCACAGACUCGGUUUGCACCUUGCAGGUGUUAAGCCAAGAUGAGACACCCUUCUUGUACAGCCUCGUGUUUGGUGAAGGUGUUGUCAAUGAUGCAACUUCUGUUGUGUUGUUCAAUGCAAUCCAGAACUUUGAUCUUGAAAUAUCAGUGUCUGGACUUCUUAGUGCUUAUAUCAUUAAGAAGUUGUACUUUGGCAGCAAAUUGCUUGAUUUGAGUGGCAUUCUCACAGUGUUCUUCUCAUGGCAUCGUAAUGUCACACUAUACCUGGCACAAUGUAACAGAAAGUUCCAGGGUCACAACCAACCCAAUAAAGUUCUAUUGCUUUGA